AUGGCCGAGUACUUCCGUCGUUUAGCAACACAUGCUGCAUACAAUCGUCUCGCCAUCAUCGACCCCGCGGACACGACCUCCUCGCCACCAAGACAGUACACCUACGCCCAACUGCUUGAACGAGUCACAGCUUUCCGUGAACAUGUUAUCGGAGCUGCACAAAAUGCACAGCUCCAUCUCGAGGGAGCGAGGGUAGGAGUCAUGGUACCACCCGGUGUUGAUUUCGUCGCCGCAGUGCUUAGCAUUUGGAGCUUGAGGGCAAUAGUAGUCCCCAUUUGUCUCAGUCAUCCAUUGCAAGAGAUUGCAUAUACAGUGACAGACUCGGAUCAGGCUAUCAUACUCUAUCACUCCAUGUUUCGACCAAGGCUGGCUACUAUAUUGAAAGACAGAGUUGGCCUGGAUGUGAACAGCACCUCAAAAGACGCAGUACCAAACGAGGCGAUAGAUUAUGCUGCAUUGCACUGGCCUGCUGACACCUCAAGCACAAUAAUCUACACAUCUGGCACAACCGGCUCUCCCAAAGGUGUCGUGCAUACGGCUGGAAGCUCCGAACAUUCGUUACGCGGUCUGGCACAGGUAUGGCAGAUUGAUCCCCAAGAUCGAGCGCUACAUGUGCUUCCGCUUCACCAUGGCCAUGGUUUCAACCUCUCCUUGUUCUUGCCACUCUGGGCAGGAGCGACAGUAGAGUUCAUGUCCAAGUUCGACGAAAGCAGAGCCUGGCAGCGGCUCUUGGAUCCUGCACAACCGCCGAUCACAAUCCUCAUGGCAGUGCCAACAAUCUGGGUCAAGAUGAUAGGUCAUUUCGACCAAAAUAUUAAAAAUGAUAUAAAGUUGGCGAGGAAAGCCAAGAACGCCGCUGCGUCUCUCAGACUGGCCAUCAGUGGCUCCGCGGCCUUGCCAGGUCCCAUCAGACAAGCCUGGGCAGACAUUGCAAAUGGAUAUCUACUACUAGAGCGAUAUGGCACAACCGAAGCCGGCAUCAUUUACUCAGGAAAUCUAGAAUCGAACGGGCGAGUUCUGGGAAGUGUUGGAUGGCCUGUACCUGGCUUGCAGACUCGUCUCAUUGCUGAUGAUGGUCGUGAUGUGAGCAAUACGCCAGGGACUGUGGGCGAAAUCCAAGUCAAGACUCCAGGCCUGCUGAAAGAAUAUUGGCGAAGACCUGGUGCUGCAAGCAAAGAGAUCACGUCUGAUGGAUGGUGGAAGACAGGUGAUAUGGCCGUGGUCAAAGCUGAGCACAACAACGCAGCGUUCAUCCAAGGCCGUGCCAGCGUCGACAUCAUCAAGUCUGGCGGAUACAAGAUCUCAGCACUCGACAUUGAAGCAGCAAUGCUGCAGUUACCGUUCGUCCAGGAAGUUGCGGUGAUGGGCGUUCCAGAUCCGACCUGGGGAGAAAUGGCGGCCGCUGUCUGCGUACCUGUCGAAGGCAAGGCUGAGGAGCUAACCAUUGCGAACGUGAGAGAAAGGUUGCGGAGUGAGCUCGCACCGUACAAACUACCACAGAAGCUACAUGUGUUGAAAACGAUGCCUCGAAACGCGAUGGGUAAAGUCCAGAAGAAGGCCUUGCGGGAGAAGUGCUUUCCCAAUUCGCCUACGGCGAAGCUGUAG